AUGGAAAAAAAGAAUGUUUUGAUGCUGGGAAAAAAGUACAAUAUAACAUGGCAACAAACUAUGUUGCGUAUUUAUGAUCCAAAAGAAACAGUUGAGUUUUAUGAAAAGAAUUUUGGAAUGAUUAAUAUUCAUACAUAUCAUUUUAAGGAAUAUAAUUUUUCCUUAUAUUUUAUGAUAACACCUCCAUAUGAUGAAGAAGAAAGGAAGAAAUUACCUACACCCAACACAAAAGAAUCUGAAAAGUAUUUGUGGGACUUAAAAACAGUAUGUUUAGAACUAACAUAUAAUCAUAACAGUAAUGAAAAGUUAAGUAAUGGGAAUAAUGAAAAUGACAAGGGGUUUGGGCAUAUUGCAUUUAAUUGCCAUGAUGUUGUAGAAUUAUGUGAUUUUCUUUUUAAAGAAAAGAAUGUAAAAUUUCAUAAAUUACCACAUGAAACCAAAAUGAAAACUAUUGGUUUUGCUCUUGACCCAAACAGUUAUUGGAUUGAAAUAGUUAGAAGAUCAAGUCAAGUUAAAUGGGAAAGUAAUCAUACUAUUACCAAUUUUUCUCAAACAAUGAUUAGGAUUAAAAACCCUAAAAAAAGUUUAUAUUUCUAUAUACAUUUAUUAGGUAUGAAAUUAAUACAUAUAAAGCACAAUUCCGACUUUUCCUUGUAUUUUUUAAAGUCCAGUUAUUUGAAUGAUGAAAAUGAAUUAAAUGAUCAUAAGAAAAUAGGAAAGGAACCAACACAAGAAGAAUACAAUUUUGAAAUACUAAGGAAUUCUUAUCAAUCCAAUGAAGAUUAUGAAAAUUUUAAAAUGUCUUGGGAGCCUGUUUUAGAAUUAACACAUAAUCAUGGUACGGAAAAUAAUGAUAAUUUUUCGUAUCAUAAUGGAAAUACAGAACCCAGAGGUUUUGGUCACAUCGGGUUUUUAGUAAACGAUUUAGAGGGGUAUUGUAAAGAGUUAGAAAAUUUGAAUAUUCCUUUUAAAAAAAAAGUACACGAAGGGAUAAUGAAUAAUAUCGCUUUUGUCUAUGACCCUGAUAACUACUUGGUUGAGUUAAUUCAAAGGGGCACGUCAUUCAGUGUAACUAAAGAGAAAGAGGUAGAGGAGUGA